ACUCACGGUGCAGGAGGAUUCGCGGAAAUCGACGAGGACUCUAUCAUAAUAUCACCCUUUGCUACCGCCCCAGUCAAGCAGAUUAUCGCCGAUCUUGCUCGGCCUGUGCUUAUUAGAUCCACCGGCUUUGAAGUCUUCAAUGGCAAUGAAAAACCAUUGGCAGAUGCUGAAUCUCCGAGAACAAGGCAAAUGUGGCUUGAUUAUGAUGCCUAUAGCCUUCCAAGCCAUUCUGAUGACGUUGAAAUAUGUUCUGUAUUGAAAGGAUUACAUUUAUAUUGUAGACUCUAG